AUGUCUUCACCGAGUCUGCUUUACUCUUCAGUGUCCAACAUUGACCAUGUGGUCCUGGAUGAGGACAACUCUGGCUCCCGCAGGCUGCAGAACCUCUGGAGGUAAUGUGUUCUUAGUGGCUAGGCUUCUUUCCAUUGAUAUUUCAGUUGUGUCUAUGCAGAGCUGUGUUGUUGAAGUCUGACAUUUGAAUGCUUCGAUAUUUCAGAGAUUCCAGAGAGGAGGCCUUGGGUGAAUAUUACAUGAGGAAAUAUGCCAAGCAAUCAGGAAAUGAGUGAGUAUUUUCAGAGUAGUAAUCUGUCAAAAUAGUUGGGCCAAAUUUCCAUUUCAACAUACAUUUUACCGGUUAUCCCCUUGGCUGAAAUAUCGGUUUUGAUUCCCUCUAGUUUUCCUGGGGGUUCUGAGGAACUGUCUGAUGACAUCACCCAGCAGCAGCUGCUCCCUGGCGUCAAGUAUGUACCCCCUUUACCAAAAUGGGGAAUAGAUUUUUUGUGUACUACAACGAUCCAAUAUAUUAGUUUUCUCAAUGUUCUUGGUAUUAUGUUUUCUUUUUCAAAGGGAUCCUAAUCUUUGGACGGUCAAGUGUAAGGUAUGGAGCUUAUAUUUUUGUGUAGACAUCCUAAAGUUCAGCACACAAUUUAAAAAAAGUUAUUUUGCCUAUGUCAUGCAUUAUUUUGUCAUUACAGAUUGGAGAAGAGAGAGCAACUGCCAUCGCCUUGAUGAGGAAAUUCAUUGCCUAUCAAUUCACAGACACGGUAUGUCCCCGCCCUCAUUCUCUGCAUGGAAAUGUUCCAUGUAUUAAGAUGCUAAUGUUUGCAUUUAGUGUGUUAUAUGAUUGAUCUUUUGAUAGCCUGUACUCCUCUUGUAGAUACAAAAAAAAUGGGAGCUUUGACAACCUGUGAAACAGUUUUAAUUUCCUACACAGCCCCUCCAAAUCAAGUCGGUAGUGGCUCCCGAACAUGUCAAAGGUUACAUCUAUGUGGAGUCGUACAAGCAGACUCACGUCAAAGCUGCAAUUGACGGAAUAGGCAACCUGAGGAUGGGCUUCUGGAACCAGCAGAUGGUUCCCAUCAAGGAGAUGACCGACGUCCUCAAGGUGGUCAAAGAGGUGACCAACCUCAAGCCCAAGUCCUGGGUCCGACUCAAGAGAGGCCUCUACAAAGAUGACAUCGCCCAGGUAUGCUUAAAACACAUCGUGGAAGUCAACACUUGUGAAGACUGAUGAAAAUUGAUUUUGAAGACAAAUGGAAAUGUCCUUACCAUAUUCUUGAAACAUACAUGUAUUCUACUUCUUUAGGUGGACUAUGUGGAGCCCAGUCAGAACACGAUAUCACUGAAGAUGAUUCCCAGGAUAGAUUUAGACAGAAUCAAGGCCCGGAUGAGCAUGGUAAGCAACAGCAGCACUGUUGUCACGACCUGUCUCCUCACCACCCUCCACUUUGAUAUCCCCUGACACUCUUCUUUUUGUCUGUCUCCCAGAAAGACUGGUUUGCAAAGCGGAAGAAGUUCAAGAGACCAACCCAGAGACUCUUCGAUGCAGAAAAGAUCAGGUACAAAGACUAUAAUUUUUGGGGAUUUCAUUACACUAUCCUAAAUGGGUAAGAUCACCGCCUCGGUUAUUCAUGGUGUUUUCUUCCAGGUCACUUGGUGGGGAUGUCAGCCAUGAUGGGGACUUCAUGAUAUUUGAAGCUAACCGCUACAGCCGCAAAGGGUUCCUCUUCAAGAGCUUUGCCAUGUCUGCUGUGGUAAGACGACCAUGUUGCCUCAAUACCACUGUUUUAUUAACCAUUUGUUGACAGUCCUAUAGGGGAGAAACGGGGCAGAAAAGUGGUCUUGGUUAUCUGUCUCAUUAUCGUCUUCUACAGAUCACUGAAGGAGUGAAACCCACUCUGUCGGAGCUGGAGAAGUUUGAGGACCAGCCAGAAGGCAUUGAUCUGGAGGUGGUGACUGAAACUGCAGGUAACAGCCACCUCUAAAGCAUACACAGGAUAUGAGAUUUGAUAUUUACUUGCUGGUUUUCAUUUACGUGUGUGUAUUUGCUUUUGUAAGAGACAUGUCUUGUUGUGUGAUCACAGGUAAAGAGCGUGAGCACAACCUCCAGGCUGGGGACAACGUGGAGGUGUGUGAAGGGGAGCUGAUCAACUUGCAGGGCAAGAUCCUGAGUGUGGAUGGCAACAAGAUCACCAUCAUGCCCAAGCAUGAGGACCUCAAGGUAAUGUCAAGCGCCAAACAGACAAUGACUUUGGAAGAACAUUUCAGAUGUGUCCUACUAGAGUUGGGCCUAAAGUCAAAUUCACCUUGGUUAGAAUUGUCAAAACGGUACAUAAUGUUCUGCAGGUUUUUGACAGAAUUUUGUGCAGAUAUUCUCAGGCCCUAAAGUAAGAUAUUCAGUCUACAUGUUGUUGAAAACAACCCAAAGACAAGGACCCUGGGUCAAGCCGUUACAAACCAGAUUCUUGUUUUUCAUAGGAAUGACGUGUUGUUUAUUAUUUUAGUCACAUAAAUUGGAAUUUAAUGAGAACUACAAGUAAACCAGGGGUGGGCAAUCAACAGAGGGACGAUUCUUUUUUGUUGUUGUUUCGAUGCAUCAAUUUGUGGCCAGAAAAGGGAUGUUUAUUUCCAUUGUUUCCAAUGUUCAUUAUAAUUACUGCAUACUUUCUAUCUGGUUUUAGACGUUCAAGUGUAGCCUGGAUUUGUUUUUCAACCCACAACAAUCAUUUAUAGAGAGGCACCAAUGUGGAUUUAUUUUUCUUUUCUUUUCCAUUUUAAGGCCUAUUUAACCAUUCUUGCACAGAUUACAAACUGCAACCAAGAUACAUUUAUUAAACAUAAGAAUGAGUGAGUUUUUGUCACAACCCGACUCAUGGGAAGUGACAUAGAGGUCUUAUAGGACCAGGGCACAAAUAAUAUAAUAAUAAUAAUAAUAAUCAUCAUCAAUAGUUUUGCUCUUUAUUUAGCCAUCUUACAUAUAAAACCUUAUUUGUACAUCAAAAAUUGUGAAUAACUCACCACAGGUUAAUGAGAAGGGUGUGCUUGAAAGGAUGCACAUAACUCUGCAAUGUUGGGUUGUAUUAGAGAGAGUGUCUUAAAUCAUUUUCCACACACAGUCUGUGCCUGUAUUUAGUUUUCAUGCUAGUGAGGGCCGAGAAUCCGCUCUCACAUAGGCACGUGGUUGCAAAGGGCAUCAGUGUCUUAACAGCGCAAUUUGUGAAGGCAGGAUACUCUCUGAGCGCAGCCCUAUCCAGAAAUCUGGCAGUGGCUUCUGAUUUAAAUUACAUUUUCACAGAACAGCUUGUUGCAAUUUUGAUCAGGCUCUCUUGUUCAGAUAUUGGUAAGUGGACUGAAGGCAGGGCAUGAAAGGGAUAACGAAUCCAGUUGUUUGUGUCGUCCGUUUCGGGAAAGUACCUGUGUAAUUGCGCACCCAGCUCACUCCGGUGCUUCGCUAUAUCACAUUUGACAUUGUCCGUAAGCUUGAGUUCAUUUCCACACAAAAAAUCAUACAAUGAUGGAAAGACCUGUGUUUUGUCCUUUUUAAUGCAGACAGAGAAGAGCUCCAACUUCUUAAUCAUAGCCUCAAUUUUGUCCUGCACAUUGAAUAUAGUUGCGGAGAGUCCCUGUAAUCCUAGAUUCAGAUCAUUCAGGCGAGAAAAAAACAUCACCCAGAUAGGCCAGUCGUGUGAGAAACUCGUCAUCAUGCAAGCAGUCGGACAAGUGAAAAUUAUGGUCAGUAAAGAACUUUAAGCUCAUCUCUCAAUUCAAUAAAACGUGUCAAUACUUUUUCCCUUGAAUACCAGCGCACUUCUGUAUGUUGUAAAAGCGUUACAUGGUUGCUGCCCAUAUCAUUGCAUAAUGCAGAAAAUACACGAGAGUUCAGGGGGCUUGCUUUAACAAAGUUAACCAUUUUCACUGUAGUGUCCAAAACAUCUUUCAAGCUGUCAGGCAUUCCCUUGGCAGUAAGAGCCUCUCGGUGGAUGCUGCAGUGUACCCAAGUGGCGUCAGGAGCAACUGCUUGCAUGCACGUUACCACUCCACUAUGUCUCCCUGUCAUGGCUUUUGCGCCAUUAGUACAGAUACCAACACAUCUUGACCGCCAAAGUCCAUUUGAUGUCACAAAGCUGUCCAGUACUUUAAAAAUAUCCUUUCCUGUUGUCCUGGUUUGCAGAAGAGGAUGUCUUCCUUAAUUGACCCCCCAUAAACGUAACGGACAUAUAUCAGGAGCUGUGCCAGGCCCGCCACGUCUGUUGACUCAUCCAGCUGUAACGCAUAGAAUUCACUGGCUUGUAUGCGAAGCAGUAAUUGUUUCAAAACAUCUCCUGCCAUGUCACUGAUGCGUCAUGAAACAGUGUUGUUUGAUGAAGGCAUUGUCUGUAUAGUUUUUUGGCCCUUUUCCCCCAGCAUUGUCCCAGCCAUAUCUGCGGCAGCAGGAAGAAUUAAGUUCUCCACAAUAGUAUGGGGCUUGCCUGUCCUAGCCACUUGAUAGCUCACCCAUAUAAGACGCUUCUAGCCCCUUCUUAUUAAUGGUAUCUGUUGCUUUUAUACAUGUUACUACUCGAAAGUUGUCUUAAUUCUCGCUCAAACUCCCGUGGCUUAUUUUUCAAAUUGGCAUGUUUCUAAAUGUCUGCGCAAGAGUUUGUUUUUAUUUGUUUUUAGUCAUUUAGCAGACGCUCUUAUCCAGAGCGACUUACAGUCAGUGAGUGCAUACAUUCUUUUUUUCAUACUGGCCCCCCGUGGGAAUCGAACCCACAACCCUGGCGUUGCAAACGCCAUGCUCUACCAACAGAGCUACAUCCCUGCCGGCCAUUCCCUCCCCUACCCUGGACAAUGCUGGGCCAAUUGUGCGCCGCCCCAUGGGUCUCCCGGUCGCGGCCGGCUACGACAGAGCCUGGAUUCGAACCAGGAUCUCUAGUGGCACAGCUAGCACUGCGAUGCAAUGCCUUUGACCACUGUGCCACUCGGGAAUAGAGUGAAGGUUUCAUAGAGUUGUGAGUACAUUUGCACAUAUAACACACAGUGGCUGAGGAAAGGCAGUACUCCCAAUAUACAGUGGGGAAAAAAAGUAUUUAGUCAGCCACCAAUUGUGCAAGUUCUCCCACUUAAAAAGAUGAGAGAGGCCUGUAAUUUUCAUCAUAGGUACACGUCAACUAUGACAGACAAAUUGAGAAAAGAAAUUCCAGAAAAUCACAUUGUAGGAUUUUUAAUGAAUUUAUUUGCAAAUUAUGGUGGAAAAUAAGUAUUUGGUCACCUACAAACAAGCAAGAUUUCUGGCUCUCACAGACCUGUAACUUCUUCUUUAAGAGGCUCCUCUGUCCUCCACUCGUUACCUGUAUUAAUGGCACCUGUUUGAACUUGUUAUCCGUAUAAAAGACACCUGUCCACAACCUCAAACAGUCACACUCCAAACUCCACUAUGGCCAAGACCAAAGAGCUGUCAAAGGACACCAGAAACAAAAUUGUAGACCUGCACCAGGCUGGGAAGACUGAAUCUGCAAUAGGUAAGCAGCUUGGUUUGAAGAAAUCAACUGUGGGAGCAAUUAUUAGGAAAUGGAAGACAUACAAGACCACUGAUAAUCUCCCUCGAUCUGCGGCUCCACGCAAGAGCUCACCCCGUGGGGUCAAAAUGAUCACAAGAACGGUGAGCAAAAAUCCCAGAACCACAUGGGGGGACCUAGUGAAUGACCUGCAGAGAGCUGGGACCAAAGUAACAAAGCCUACCAUCAGUAACACACUACGCCGCCAGGGACUCAAAUCCUGCAGUCCCCCUGCUUAAGCCAGUACAUGUCCAGGCCCGUCUGAAGUUUGCUAGAGUGCCUUUGGAUGAUCCAGAAGAGGAUUGGGAGAAUGUCAUAUGGUCAGAUGAAACCAAAAUAUAACUUUUUGGUAAAAACUCAACUCGUCGUGUUUGGAGGACAAAGAAUGCUGAGUUGCAUCCAAAGAACACCAUACCUACUGUGAAGCAUGGGGGUGGAAACAUCAUGCUUUGGUGCUGUUUUUCUGCAAAGGGACCAGGACGACUGAUCCGUGUAAAGGAAAGAAUGAAUGGGGCCAUGUAUCGUGAGAUUUUGAGUGAAAACCUCCUUCCAUCAGCAAGGGCAUUGAAGAUGAAACGUGGCUGGGUCUUUCAGUAUGACAAUGAUCCCAAACACACCGCCCGGGCAACGAAGGAGUGGCUUCGUAAGAAGUAUUUCAAGGUCCUGGAGUGGCCUAGCCAGUCUCCAGGUCUCAACCCCAUAGAAAAUCUUUGGAGGGAGUUGAAAGUCUGUGUUGCCCAGCGACAGCCCCAAAACAUCACUGCUCUAGAGGAGAUCUGCAUGGAGGAAUGGGCCAAAAUACCAGCAACAGUGUGUGAAAACCUUGUGAAGACUUACAGAAAACGUUUGACCUGUGUCAUUGCCAACAAAGGGUAUAUAACAAAGUAUUGAGAAACUUUUGUUAUUGACCAAAUACUUAUUUUCCACCAUAAUUUGCAAAUAAAUUCAUUAAAAAUCCUACAAUGUGAUUUUCUGGAUUUUUUUCCCUCAUUUUGUCUGUCAUAGUUGACGUGUACCUAUGAUGAAAAUUACAGGCCUCUCUCAUCUUUUUAAGUGGGAGAACUUGCACAAUUGGUGGCUGACUAAAUACUUUUUUUCCCCACUGUAAGUGAACCCCAAAUCAAUGUAGUUCUCAUCAUAUUUGCGCCUCUUCGAUGGUCCAACGUCCCUGUCUGUUGUUCGGCGCUUUCCCAGGUAAGGGGGCAGUAGCUCUUCCCUGCAUCAGAUUCACAACUGUCAGUGUCCAUGCUAGCUGGGCUUGCAACAAAUGAAGAAUUACUAGCGUUGGAUGUGCUCGUGGAAGCACAACAACUUGUGUAUCGUCGACAGGUGGAGGUGUAGUACUGCUGGUAGUAGCAGUACUACCAGUAGAGCUGGUAUGUGUCUCUAUGGACACAGGCCUUACUUUUAAAAAAAAAACUAUUCAUCCAUUUUCGAGCAAACGGACUGAGCAGCAGCUACGUUUGGCUACAUACGGACCGUUAGUGGAAUUCCCGCGAGAGAGUAACGGUUAAUGUGAUUGGAUGUUAAUUAUUUGACUAGGCUACCUGUAUUUGACAUUGUGUUGUUAUUUAGCUGAACACUAGAUGGUUUAAUUUUAUUUCGGGCAGUGAAACGAGGCUACUCAAGCGAGAAAAAAACAUCACCCAAAUGUAUAGCCCCAUUGGAAAAAAUAAAUAAAUGGACUGUUUGAACAUUUGAAUCACAUUUUUAUUUGGCGUACCCCCGACGGCAUUGCGCGUACCCCAGUUUGGGAAUAGCCGGUUUACAGUAUACUAAAAUGAACAAAUAUUGUAUAGUAUAUACCAGGGGUGGGCAAACCUUUUGGCUCAAGGGCCACAUUGAGUUUUUGAAACCAAGUGAAGGGCCACAUACUAUAUGCGUGACAAAACAUGUGAAGCCUUUAUUCAUUUUCACAUUGACACGCAACUACUAGUGUACUGUAGGUGUACAUACAGUGGGGAGAACAAGUAUUUGAUACACUGCCGAUUUUGCAGGUUUUCCUACUUACAAAGCAUGUAGAGGUCUGUAAUUUUUAUCAUAGGUACACUUCAACUGUGAGAGACGGAAUCUAAAACAAAAAUCCAGAAAAUCACAUUUGUAUGAUUUUUAAGUAAUUAAUUUGCAUUUUAUUGCAUGACAUAAGUAUUUGAUACAUCAGAAAAGCAGAACUUAAUAUUUGGUACAGAAACCUUUGUUUGCAAUUACAGAGAUCCUACGUUUCCUGUAGGUCUUGACCAGGUUUGCACACACUGCAGCAGGGAUUUUGGCCCACUCCUCCAUACAGACCUUCUCCAGAUCCUUCAGGUUUCGGGGCUGUCGCUGGGCAAUACGGACUUUCAGCUCCCUCCAAAGAUUUUCUAUUGGGUUCAGGUCUGGAGACUGGCUAGGCCACUCCAGGACCUUGAGAUGCUUCUUACGGAGCCACUCCUUAGUUGCCCUGGCUGGGUGUUUCGGGUCGUUGUCAUGCUGGAAGACCCAGCCACGACCCAUCUUCAAUGUUCUUACUGAGGGAAGGAUGUUGUUGGCCAAGAUCUCGCGAUACAUGGCCCCAUCCAUCCUCCCCUCAAUACGGUGCAGUCGUCCUGUCCCCUUUGCAGAAAAGCAUCACCAAAGAAUGAUGUUUCCACCUCCAUGCUUCACGGUUACUCAUCCUUCUUCUUCCUCCAAACACGGCUUGUGGAGUUUAAACCAAAAAGCUAUAUUUUUGUCUCAUCAGACCACAUGACCUUCUCACAUUCCUCCUCUGGAUCAUCCAGAUGGUCAUUGGCAAACUUCAGACGGGCCUGGACAUGCGCUGGCUUGAGCAGGGGGACCUUGCGUGCGCUGCAGGAUUUUAAUCCAUGGCGGCGUAGUGUGUUACUAAUGGUUUUCUUUGAGACUGUGGUCCCAGCUCUCUUCAGGUCAUUGACCAGGUCCUUCCGUGUAGUUCUUGGCUGAUCCCUCACCUUCCUCAUGAUCGUUGAUGCCCCACGAGGUGAGCUCUUGCAUGGAGCCCCAGACCGAGGGUGAUUGACCGUCAUCUUGAACUUCUUCCAUUUUCUAAUAAUUGCGCCAACAGUUGUUGCCUUCUCACCAAGCUGCUUGCCUGUUGUCCUGUAGCCCAUCCCAGCCUUGUGCAGGUCUACAAUUUUAUCCCUGAUGUCCUUACACAGCUCUCUGGUCUUGGCCAUUGUGGAGAGGUUGGAGUCUGUUUGAUUGAGUGUGUGGACAGGUGUCUUUUAUACAGGUAAUGAGUUCAAACAGGUGCAGUUAAUACAGGUAAUGAGUGGAGAACAGGAGGGCUUCUUAAAGAAAAACUAACAGGUCUGUGAGAGCCGGAAUUCUUACUGGUUGGUAGGUGAUCAAAUACUUAUGUCAUGCAAUAAAAUGCAAAUGAAUUACUUAAAAAUCAUACAAUGUGAUUUUCUGGAUUUUUGUUUUAGAUUCCGUCUCUCACAGUUGAAGUGUACAUAUGAUAAAAAUUACAGACCUCUACAUGCUUUGUAAGUAGGUGUUACGUGAAUUAUUUAACAAACUAUUUUAGUGUCUCUGUGCGUCUCCCAAAAGGUUGUAAGUCUUUUGGGAUUUAAGUAACGGCCAGAGUCCCGGUCUGCAUAGUCAGAGAUAUUUAUUCAUUGAGAAUUCUGCCAUCACAAUUUGAGUCCAUCUUUUAUACUCAUACGUCAUACAAAAAGAAAUCCCUUCCCUCUGUAGGCGGCCUGUAGUUUUCCACUCUAAAACUGCUCUACUGACCUUCAGUUCACACACACACAUGCAUACACACAUACAUACACGCACACACACACACACACACACACAUAUCCUACUCCCUGCUUUACUCAGUUAUUGCCGUUCUCACAAUAUUCUGCACCAUGUUUUCAUAACAGUUUCUCCCCUCCCUAAAUUGGGAGGCCUCUUUAUCUUAGUUUCUCAGUUGUCUUUGUUGUCUGGCCUAACUCUUACUCACAUUGCUAAAUAGUGGCUCAAUGCCAUAGCCUUUACUGGUCCUACACUCACACAUUUCUAACACAUUAUACACAGUUUCAGGGUGUAAUAAUUAGUCAAUCAAACUUAGUCACAAUAUGCACAUUUAAAAAUAGAUAUAUAUUACAGUGAGGGGAAAAAAGUAUUUGAUCCCCUGCUGAUUUUGUACGUUUGCCCACUGACAAAGACAUGAUCAGUCUAUCAUUUUAAUGGUAGGUUUAUUUGAACAGUGAGAGACAGAAUAACAACAACAAAAACACAUGUCAAUUUUUAAAAACUGAUUUUCAUUUAAAUGAGGGAAAUAAGUAUUUGACCCCUCUGCAAAACAUGAUUUAGUACUUGGUGGCAAAAACCUUGUUGGCAAUCACAGAGGUCAGACGUUUCUUGUAGUUGGCCACCAGGUUUGCACACAUCUCAGGAGGGAUUUUGUUCCACUCCUCUUUGGAGAUCUUCUCCAAGUCAUUAAGGUUUUGAGGCUGACGUUUGGCAACUCGAACCUUCAGCUCCCUCCACAGAUUUUCUAUGGGAUUAAGGUCUGGAGACUGGCUAGGCCACUCCAGGACCUUAAUGUGCUUCUUCUUGAGCCACUCCUUUGUUGCCUUGGCCGUGUGUUUUGGGUCAUUGUCAUGCUGGAAUACCCAUCCACAACCCAUUUUCAAUGCCCUGGCUGAGGGAAGGAGGUUCUCACCCAAGAUUUGACGGUACAUGGCCCCGUCCAUCGUCCCUUUGAUGCAGUGAAGUUGUCCUGUCCCCUUAGCAGAAAAACACCCCCAAAGCAUAAUGUUUCCACCUCCAUGUUUGACGUGGGGAUGGUGUUCUUGGGGUCAUAGGCAGCAUUCCUCCUCCUCCAAACACGGCGAGUUGAGUUGAUGCCAAAGAGCUCGAUUUUGGUCUCAUCUGACCACAACACUUUCACCCAGUUCUCCUCUGAAUCAUUCAGAUGUUCAUUGGCAAACUUCAGACGGGCCUAUAUAUGUGCUUUCUUGAGCAGGGGGACCUUGCGGGCGCCGCAGGAUUUCAGUCUUUCACGGCGUAGUGUGUUACCAAUUGUUUUCUUGGUGACUAUGGCCCAGCUGCCUUGAGAUCAUUGACAAGAUCCUCCCGUGUAGUUCUGGGCUGACUCCUCACCGUUCUCAUGAUCAUUGCAACUCCACGAGGUGAGAUCUUGCAUGGAGCCCCAGGCUGAGGGAGAUUUGACAGUUCUUUUGUGUUUCUUCCAUUUGCGAAUAAUCGCACCAACUGUUGUCACCUUCUCACCAAGCUGCUUGGCGAUGGUCUUGUAGCCCAUUCCAGCCUUGUGUAGGUCUACAAUCUUGUCCCUGACAUUCAUGGAGAGCUCUUUAGUCUUGGCCAUGGUGGAGAGUUUGGAAUCUGAUUGAUUGAUUGCUUCUGUGGACAGGUGUCUUUUAUACAGGUAACAAACUGAGAUUAGGAGCACUCCCUUUAAGAGUGUGCUCCUAAUCUCAGUUCGUUACCUGUAUAAAAGACACAUGGGAGACCGAAAUCUUUCUGAUUGAGAGGGGGUCAAAUAUUUAUUUCCCUCAUUAAAAUGCAAAUAAAUUCAUAAUGUUUUUAACAUGUGUUUUUUUCUGGAUUUUUUUGUUGUUAUUCUGUCUCUCACUGUUCAAAUAAACCUACCAUUUAAAAUUAUAGACUAAUCAUGUCUUUGUCAGUGGACAAACAUACAAAAUCAGCAGGGGAUCAAAUACUUUUUUCCCUCACUGUAUAUGACUGGAGACAUGCAAAAUGUAACAGCAGAUGUGUAAAAAAAAAAAAAAAAAAAAAACAGAUUCUAAAAUUAGGGUAAAACAUGGUAAGAGCAUCCAUUUCAUUUGGAAUGGUAUGUUUUUGAAAGGAUAUUAAGGAACAAUUAUCAUCUCCUUUGUGAGCCAUAUUUACAGUUAUCCAAUCACCUCAGCCCAAAUCUGACUGAUUAGUUAUUACCUGUAUCCAAGUGCAUUGCUGGAUAAUUCUCACUGCAUAACCAUCACCAUGAAAAGCAUAAUCCUUGCCUACCCCAGUCACGGUUAUUCGGGUCUUAAUGUGAACAAUGGGUCUGGUCACCUCUCUUGGCGAGGGCAUCAAAGUCUGGUGUCAUCUUUGAUGUAGAGUUUCUCAGAACAGCUGACAAGUGGUCAUUUGUUAAAUUUGACCUGUGACGGGAUUUGUUGUAAUUCAUGACUGAGAACAUUUGUUCACACGUGGACCCGACUAAAACAAGGAUUCUUUGGGCGCGCUUUUUAAUGUUUGGAAACUUUGUUUCAUUCAGUGAGCCGUAGAACUGUUCUAUUGUUUCUGUUUUGUACUUCUCCUUCAAAUCACUGUCACAUUGGAUGUCGCUGAGCUCCAAUUGUGUGUCUGGUGGUGCUUUCUCACUGUCGAAAGAUAUAAGUUCCAGCUCAGUCUCAAUCUUGGUGAAGUCUGAGAAGCGGCGGGAAAACUCAGCAUGCAGGUCGAUCAAAGUGCUACUGUAUGUCUCAGUGCGGCACUGCGAUGUGGGCGCGUUCAGUGCGGAUAGUGUCGGAAAAUGAGCGAGAGACCGGCUGCUCAUUUGUCUGGAGAACAGCAAGUUUGGCCUUGAAUGCUUUCACGUUGGAAUACAGUUCAUGAACAAAGACAAUUUCCCUGCAGUUUCACAUUUAGAUCGUUCAGAUGCCCCAAUAUGUCCACACCGAAAGCAAAGUCAGUCUGUCAGUCUGUCUUUCAAACACAUCUAAUGAAUGACCCGGGUCAAUCGGUUACAAACCAGGGCCCAGAUUCACAAAACCUUCAGAAGAAAAUUAUUCUUAACUGCCGUUUUUUCGUUAACUAGACUUAUGAAGAAAGUUAAGCAAAGUUGCUAUCACUCAAUAAAGUUAUUGGAAAUGUUCUUACGUUCUUCAGUUAAGAAGAAAUGGGAUUCUACCACCAUCUCUCCUAUCAUGGACAACACCUUAUCCUCCAGCUGGUCCACAUAAAUGGUCGAUACCCCCCCUCUAGUCUUCCACUCCCUGCUUCUCUCAGCUCCCUUCUUAGCAGCCAACUUGAUGCCGGACCACUCGUUCACGGCGUCACUGUCCCUUGCCAUAUCCCCGACGGCAGAGACAGACCGGCCACUUUCACCCAUCCUCUCUUUUUGGUGUCUGCAGUGACCCUGCAGUUAUCGAGUCUCCCCAACAGCAACCUUUUCCUGGCUGCUAUUUCCUCCACCAUCACUUCAAGCUCUUGUUUGCUGAAGUUUUUUAUUGCGCUUUCCUUGGUUAAUCCAUUUUUGUUUUUGAUAUAGCUGGUCUGAUGGCUACAAUGUGUGUGAAAUAACGUUUUUGUUUAUAAAGGGUUCGUGAGCCAACAACAACAACUGUAUAUAUUUAUGUAUUUUUGAAGUCAGAAGUUUACAUACACUUAGGUUGGAGUCAUUAACUUGUUUUUCAACCACACCACAAAUGUCUUGUUAACAAACUAUCGUUUUGGCAAGUCGGUUAGGACAUCUACUUUGUGCAUAACACAAGUAAUUUUUCCAACAAUUGUUUACAGACAGAUUAAUUCACUGUAUCACAAUUACAGUGGGUCAGAAGUUUACAUACACUAAGUUGACUGUGCCUUUUUAAACAGCUUGGAAAAUUCCAGAAGAUGAUGUCAUGGCUUUAGAAGCUUCUGAUAGGCUAAUUGACAUUGUUUGAGACAAUUGGAGGUGUAUCUGUGGAUGUAUUUCAAGGCCUACCUUCAAACUCAGUGCCUCUUUGCUUGACAUCAUGGGAAAAUCAAAAGAAAUCUGCCAAGACCUCAGAAAAUAAAUUGUAGACCUCCACAUUUCUGGUUCAUCCUUGGGAGCAAUUUCCAAACACCUGAAUGUACCACGUUCAUCUGUACAAACAAUAGUACGCAAAUAUAAACACCAUGGGACCACGCAGCCGUCAUACCGCGCAGGAAGGAGACGUGUUCUGUCUCCUAGAGAUUAAUGAACUUUGGUGCGAAAAGUGCAAAUCAAUCCCAGAACAACAGCAAAGGACCUUGUGAAGAUGCUGGAGGAACAGGUACAAAAGUAUCUAUAUCCACAGUAAAACAAGUCCUAUAUCGACAUAAGCUGAAAGGCCUCUCAGCAAGGAAGAAGACACUGCUCCAAAACCGCCAUUAAAAAGCACCUCACUAAUGUCAAUGCCACGUAAGAAGAUAUUAACGAAGUUCAUAGGAAAGAUAUUCCUGAGGAUACUAUGAAUUCCUAAGAACAUUUUGAGGAAUUACACUUACGAACUAUCUCAUGAACUUCUUAUUUUUUUCCUUAAACUUCUUAUGUUUUUUCGUAAGUAGUGUAAGUAGAAUUCAGCCCCAGAUUCUUGUUUGCAUAGGUGUUAUUUAUUAGUGAAACCACAAACUGGAAUUUAGAGAGCACAAACUCUAAUCACAGCAUGAUGAAGACAUUAAGCUUCCCAGAAAUGUGGGAGGUAUAGAAUUACGGGAAUAAUAAUAAUGCCAUUUAGCAGACACUUUUUAUCCAAAGCGACUUAGUCAUGCGUGCAUACAUUUUUGUGUAUGGGUGGUCCUGGGGAUCGAACCCACUACCCUGGCGUUACAAGCGCCGUGCUCUACCAGCUGAGCUACAGAGGAAUCAAGAUGUUCACAUGAGUUAAGGCAGCCAGACAUUCCCACUGUGUUCUGUUCAUUCUUAUUGGCACUGAUACAAAAUAAUAAUGGUUUGUCAUUGAUGCCUGGUCUGUGUGCAGGAUCCUCUGGAGUUCCCGGCCCACGAGUUGAGGAAGUACUUCCGUAUGGGUGACCACGUCAAGGUGAUAGCAGGCCGCUACGAGGGCGACACAGGUCUCAUCGUACGCGUGGAGGAGAACUUUGUCAUCCUCUUCUCUGACCUCACCAUGCACGAGGUAAGCAAUGUCACAUUAUUGGACUGGGACAUCGACUUUUUAGUUUUAAUGGUAUUUUUGCAUAAUUUCUAUGUGACUUCUGUGAAACAUUAUCCAUGUUACGGGUGUGUGUGUGUGUGCUCUACAGUUGAAGGUCCUGCCCCGAGACUUGCAGCUGUGCUCUGAGACGGCGUCAGGGGUAGAUGCCGGGGGCCAGCAUGAGUGGGGGGAGCUGGUCCAACUGGACCCCCAGACCGUGGGGGUUAUUGUCAGGCUGGAGAGGGAGACAUUCCAGGUUGGUACUCUUAAUCUUCCACAAAAAACAUUUCCGCUUUAGAAAUGAUCAGGUUCAGAUCAGGACAAAAUACAUUAAAUUUUAUUAGAGCUUGGAUGUGGGCUUGGAGUCGUGCCUGCUGGACAGAUGUUUUGUCCACUAUCUGGAAACUUGAGUGAUGUUGCGUAAUUUAAAAUUGGCACGUAGUGUAAUGUGUGUUUCAUUGUGACAGUCAAGCCAAAAUUGUGCACACGCACAGUGUAUUCAGACCCCUUGACUUUUUCCACAUUUUGUUACAGCCUUAAUCUAAAAUGGAUUAAAUUAAUAAAACAUUUAAUCAAUCUACACACAAUACCCCAUAAUGACAAAGCGAAAACUGGUUUUUAGAAAUACAGAAAUUUACAUAAGUAUUCACACACCCCACCAAGGGAAUACCUCUAUGGACCUCCAUCAGAAUAUAUAUCUAUGACCUGCAAUAGGCACCUAAAGGACUCUCAGACCGUGAGAAACAAGAUUCUCUGGUCUGAUGAAACCAAGAUUGAACUCUUUGGCCUGAAUGCCAAGUGUCACGUCUGGAGGAAACCUGGCACCAUCCCUACGGUGAAGCAUGGUGGUGGUAGCAUCAUGCUGUGGGGUUGUUUUUCAGCAGCAGGGACUGGGAGACUAGUCAGGAUCGAGGGAAAGGUGAACGGAGCAAAGUACAGAGAGAGCCUUGAUGAAAACCUGUUCCAGAGCGCUCAGGACCUCAGACUGGACUGACGGUUCACCUUCCAACAGGACUACGACCCUAAGCACACAGCAAAGACAACGCAGGAGUGGAUUCUCUGAAAGUCCUUGAGUGGCCCAGCCAGAGCCCGGACUUGAACCCGAUCAAACAUCUCUGGAGAGACCUGAAAAUAGCUGUAAAGUGACGCUCCCCAUCUAACCUGACAGCGCUUGAGAGGAUCUGCAGAGAAGAAUGGGAAAAACUCCCCAAAUACAGUAUGAAAAUGUAUUCACUCACUAACUGUAAGUCGCUCUGGAUAAGAGCGUCUGCUAAAUGACGUAGACGUAAACGUACAGGUGUGCCAAGCUUGUAGACUGAAUACUUAUGUAAAUGUGAUAUUUCUGUUUUUUUAAACUUUUGUAUAAAUUUGCAAACAUUUAUUAAAACUUAUUUUUGCUUUGUCAUUAUGGGGUAGUGUGUGUAGAUUUAUGAAAAAAUCAAAUAUGUAAUUCAUUUUAGAAUAAGGCUGUAACGUAACAAAAUGUGGAAAAAGUCAAGGGGUCUGAAUACUUUCCGAAUGCACUGUAUUCCUCUUCUCCCCAGGUCCUCAACAUGCACGGCAAGGUGCUGACGGUGCGUCACCAGGCAGUGAAUCGGCGGAAAGACAACCGCUUUGCCGUGGCGCUGGACUCUGAGCAGAACAACAUCCACGUCAAAGACAUUGUCAAGGUCAUCGACGGGCCACACUCGGUAAGAUUCAUGACCACAGUUCUGCUUUCUAUAGGUCUAAACUCAUAGAAAAUGUAUUUCUCAAUUUCCCUAUAAAAUCUGCCAUGCGGAGAACGCAGACGGAAUCAUGGAAUCCAGACAUAAAAACGGAAUUCAACAAUAUUCAAAAAUGUUUUGAAGUUAGUAGGAAAUCAACUCAAUGUAUUGAACUUAUUAGAACAUUUGAUUAAUUUGCCUAAAAUUAUCAUAAUAUAUGAACAAAAUGCGUCAGUGAUUCUUAGUUUCCUUCAACUUUCUGAAGAGGCAAUGCGGAAUUGCCUCUGUCUGUGUGCGUGUUUGUCUACCACUGUGUAGCCGUUAGCGAUGAUGCUAAUGAUAACCGUAUUCUGGUAGAUGGAAAGGCUUUCCAAAAAAACCUUCUCAAUUAAACGUUAACUACAAAGUAGUCUAUGCCUACCUGGCAGAAUAAUCAUCAUUAUUUACAUUACUCUGCAGUCCCAUGUGCGCUAUAGAAACACUGCCAAUCCAAACAAGUCUGUUGCUGGUUUACACUUGAAUUAAAGGGCACCCAAAAACGAAAAUUCCUUUGAUUUUUCCCAGACCUUAAACGUGGUCUCCUGAUGUAAUUUAAGCCUUGUUGUGGACUUAGAACAUGCAGUGUUGUUUUUCUAUUAGUGAUUUUGAGAGGGUAAACCUGGAAAAACAUAGUCAAAUCUGGCAAAACAAAACGGAGAAAAUUGAAUUUGGGGCGGGGCGGGGAAACUAAAUGGAAUUGGGCCAAAAAAUUUAAUAAUAUAUAGGGGUCUACUAUAGGCCUCCAUCUAGGUUUGGUUACUGUACUUUCCUCGAGCCCUCAUUGAAGAGCUUUGAUGUAUUUUCAUGCACAAAAUGGGACUGUAUGUUGAGUUUUAGGCCCUAUCGCCCAUCUCUAGCUGUUUUUCUAUUUGCCAGAGGUACGAUUAGCAUAAAUAGAUUGCUAGCAUAUAAGUGGUGUGUGUGGUUUGUUUGCCAGGGGCGUGAGGGAGAGAUCCGCCACAUUUUCCGAGGCUUUGCCUUUCUGCACUGUAAGAAGCUGGUGGAGAACGGGGGCAUGUUCGUCUGCAAGACACGCCACGUGGUGCUGGCCGGGGGCUCCAAGGUCAGUCUCCCAUUGGCUCUCACCGCAUCACCACUUUUUUUUACAUCAUCACAUUCAAGUCUUCCGUCUAUGCCAUCACCUCUUAACCUUCUCCAGUGGGACCCAAUGUUGUUGACAUUUGAUUGUUCCAUUCUUUGGCUAUAGCCCCGAGACGUCACCAACUUCACCGUGGGAGGCUUCGCUCCUAUGAGUCCACGCAUCAGCAGCCCCAUGCAUCCUGGAGGUGGUGGUGAGUAGAGGACAGCUCAGCUACUAGAGAACAUGAGGUCAUAGUCCCACUCACCAUAAACUGUUUAUUACACUGCUUUUGUUGAUUUAUAGACAUUAGGGAAUAGUCACUAAGUGCAGGAUACAACACUAUAUAACAACUAUCAGACCAGAGGUCUUAAACAACUCCUGUCCUCUCCUUCAGGCCAGCAACAGAGGGGCGGUGGAGGAGGUGGACAGAUGGGGCGUGGCCGGGGCAGGAGGGACAACGACCUGAUUGGACAGACCGUCCGCAUCUCCCAGGGACCAUACAAGGGUAAUGCUAUAUUCAUAACAUCUCGUAAAUUAGUAAAUACCAGCAUACAACUAGGAAAAAUCCACUUGAACGCCCCCUACUGGUAAUUACUAGUGGGACUUCUCCCACAUGCUGAAAUCUGACAUCACAUACUAUUGAAAUGAUCUCAGUAACAGCGUUUUCGGCGGUGAAUGCAACAGAAAAACAUUAUUUUAUAAAAAACUAUAAAUUGUUUGCGAGCCUGAUACCUGUACUUUCAGUUUAUGGUUGACACAGCUUGUUUGCCGUUAGCCAAUCUGAGUUCUCAACGAGUUCAAAGCAUGUGACUGCACACAACUAGUUUCUCACAGUUUACAAGUACUAUUUUCCGAGUUUCCCACGCAGCAAAAGGGCCGAACCAGCUCACAUGGGAACCAGACAGGGUUGUCCUCUGCCAUAGAAUGAACAAUAGGCACGUUUUGCAUAAGAUGCUGUUGCACCAUGGGUUUUGAUCCUUCUUGUUCUCAAUGAGGUAUUUUUUGGCCUAACCCUUGCCAUUAUUUCCAAGGGUACAUUGGAGUGGUGAAGGACGCCACAGAGUCGACAGCCAGAGUGGAGCUGCACUCGACAUGCCAGACCAUCUCUGUGGACCGACAGCGUCUCACCACAAUGUUCGUUCACAUCAUCAGAGAUAUAUUGUGAAUGCAGUUAUAUUAAUGCAAUAUUUCACCUUUUUAGUGUUAUUGAGUGUUGACUUGUUUUUGUUACGUUCAGGGGAGCCAAGAGGCAUGGAGGAAUGACUUCCACCCACGGACGCACCCCUAUGUACGGUUCCCAGACCCCCAUGUACGGGACAGGCUCCCGUACCCCAAUGUAUGGCUCCCAGACCCCCUUACACGAUGGUGAGACACACACCCCACCAAGGGAAUACCUCUAUGGACCUCCAUCAGAAUAUAUAUCUAUGACCUGCAAUAGAACUUGUUCUCAUUGUGGGAAUCCUUGUUCCCCAAAGGGAGCCGUACGCCCCACUACGGCUCGCAGACCCCGCUGCAUGAUGGGAGCAGGACGCCGGGGCAGAGCGGAGCGUGGGACCCCAACAACCCCAACACACCAUCCAGGUAGGCUACAUGUCCUGGCAGCCUGGAGGCCCAGCUUGUGUUGUAUAGGGCUCUCUCUGUCAUGUCAAAUCAAAGUGUCUUUGUAAUAUGCAAACGAUACGGGUAGUGUACAUAGUACAAUGAAAAUAGCGUACUUGCCAGCUCCUCUCAACAAUGUUUCGCUACUAAUAGUCUAUGAAAGAUUAGUAGAAAAACUAAAUGAGGGAAAGUGCCUCAGCAGUCUAUGGUUGAUAAGGGUUUGUUGGUCUUGGUCUUUGUUGUCAAAGUUGAAUACAGCUAUUGUCUGUACUUACUACGGAUCCUGAAAAGAUGUUUCCCUAAUAGGGGAACUUUUUGGAAACAGCCUUUAACCUGGUCCUCUGUUCCUCUUGUUUCAGGACGGAUGAUGACUAUGAGUUUGGUUAUGAUGACGAGCCCUCCCCGUCCCCUCAGGGCUACGGGGGCACGCCUAACCCCCAGACCCCCGGCUACCCAGAGGUGCCCUCACCCCAAGUCAACCCUCAGUACAACCCCCAGACCCCAGGCACCCCAGCCAUGUGAGACACACACGCACACAAUAUUUUGUCUGUUUCCUGUAUUUUUCAAUGUCUCUAGGCCCCUUUUACAGUGGCGACCAACUGCUCAAGGUGGGUUUGAUUCUCUCCGUCCUAGCCAAGUCCACUGACUGUGUGUGUUCCUCAGGUACAACACAGAGCAGUACUCGCCGUACACUGCCCCCUCCCCACAGGGGUCGUACCAGCCCAGCCCCAGUCCCCAGAGCUACAAUCAGGUGGCACCCAGCCCAGUGGGCUACCAGAACACACACUCACCAGCCAGCUACCACCCCACCCCCUCACCCAUGGCAUACCAGGUAAGACCCACCACGGUUGACAUUAACUUUUUUAGCUACUUAGUAGGAUUCUUUUUAAAUUGUUUUACUUGUCCAAAAAUAAAAAAUGGUCUGUAACACAAUUUUUACAUCACUGUAUGAUGCAAGGAACCAUUUUACAAAAUAAAUGUUUUUUACCAUAGAGAAUCAGACAAAUGUAUUCAAGCCUGUCUCAAAAUACAACACUGCCCCUUUAAGGCAUCCUGGAGGAUGGUGGGCCACCCUUUGUAGCCUAUGAAAAUAUUGGAACAUUACAAUCACAACCAAAUACUUUUUAUGUCUUUUAUAAAAUAAUUCCCUCUAGUGCUUGAAAUUGAAGGAUGUCCCGUCGUCCCUGGGACAAUAAAACAUAUGUCUAGGACAGUUCUAGGUUGACAGAUCCAAAAUUCAUACAACCACUGCACAUAUACAGUGGGGAGAACAAGUAUUUGAUACAUUGCCGAUUUUGCAGGUUUUCCUACUUACAAAGCAUGUAGAGGUCUGUAAUUUUUAUCAUAGGUACACUUCAACUGUGAGAGACGGAAUCUAAAACAAAAAUCCAGAAAAUCACAUUGUAUGAUUUUUAAGUAAUUAAUUUGCAUUUUGUUGCAUGACAUAAGUAUUUGAUCACCUACCAACCAGUAAGAAUUCCGGCUCUCACAGACCUGUUCGUUUUUCUUUAAGAAGCCCUCCUGUUCUCCACUCAUUACCUGUAUUAACUGCACCUGUUUGAACUCGUUACCUGUAUAAAAGACACCUGUCCACACACUCAAUCAAACAGACUCCAACCUCUCCACAAUGGCCAAGACCAGAGAGCUGUGUAAGGACAUCAGGGAUAAAAUUGUAGACCUGCACAAGGCUGGGAUGGGCUACAGGACAAUAGGCAUCAGCUUGGUGAGAAGGCAACAACUGUUGGCGCAGUUAUUAGAAAAUGGAAGAAGUUCAAGAUGACGGUCAAUCACCCUCGGUCUGGGGCUCCAUGCAAGAGCUCACCUCGUGGGGCAUCAAUGAUCAUGAGGAAGGUGAGGGAUCAGCCCAAAACUACACGGCAGGACCUGGUCAAUGACCUGAAGAGAGCUGGGACCACAGUCUCAAAGAAAACCAUUAGUAAAACACUACGCCGUCAUGGAUUAAAAUCCUGCAGCGCACGCAAGGUCCCCCUGCUCAAGCCAGCGCAUGUCCAGGCCCGUCUGAAGUUUGCCAAUGACCAUCUGGAUGAUCCAGAGGAGGAGUGGGAGAAGGUCAUGUGGUCUGAUGAGACAAAAAUAGAGCUUUUUGGUCUAAACUCCACUCGCCGUGUUUGGAGGAAGAAGAAGGAUGAGUACAACCCCAAGAACACCAUCCCAACCGUGAAGCAUGGAGGUGGAAACAUCAUUCUUUGGGGAUGCUUUUCUGCAAAGGGGACAGGACGACUGCACCGUAUUGAGGGGAGGAUGGAUGGGGCCAUGUAUCGCGAGAUCUUGGCCAACAACCUCCUUCCCUCAGUAAGAGCAUUGAAGAUGGGUCGUGGCUGGGUCUUCCAGCAUGACAACGACCCGAAACACACAGCCAGGGCAACUAAGGAGUGGCUCCGUAAGAAGCAUCUCAAGGUCCUGGAGUGGCCUAGCCAGUCUCCAGACCUGAACCCAAUAGAAAAUCUUUGGAGGGAGCUGAAAGUCCGUAUUGCCCAGCGACAGCCCCGAAACCUGAAGGAUCUGGAGAAGGUCUGUAUGGAGGAGUGGGCCAAAAUCCCUGCUGCAAUGUGUGCAAACCUGGCCAAGACCUACAGGAAACGUAGGAUCUCUGUAAUUGCAAACAAAGGUUUCUGUACCAAAUAUUAAGUUCUGCUUUUCUGAUGUAUCAAAUACUUAUGUCAUGCAAUAAAAUGCAAAUUAAUUACUUAAAAAUCAUACAAUGUGAUUUUCUGGAUUUCCGUCUCUCACAGUUGAAGUGUACCUAUGAUAAAAAUUACAGACCUCUACAUGCUUUGUAAGUAGGAAAACCUGCAAAAUCGGCAGUGUAUCAAAUACUUGUUCUCCCCACUGUAUAUGUUUUUUAAGCAAUGAGGCUGAUGCAACUGAUCAAACCGUUAAGCUUAAAAUGUUGAUAGAAAUGUUGAUGUGCAUAUGGCUGUAGGCUACACAUUAAUAUUCCAAAAUGCAAUUAGUGGGAAAACACUUCUCAAAAGCACACCGCACUUGUGAGCGUUUUCAUGUGACAGAGAAUAUGUGUUAGAAAUUAAGAGGGGAGAUGUAAAGAUGCAGCAACUAGCAUGUGUUACUAAUAUGACCAGGAUUGUGCCUUUGGCUGCUAGACAAUAAAAUAAGAGAAAUGCUGGUGUCAAUGGCAUGUGAAUAGUUUUCUAAAAUAACUCCCUCAACAUUUCUAUGGUCGUGUUUUGGCUAGGCGAAGCUUCUUUGAAACAAGGUAAGACAUGCUUCAUAAAAUGACAUAAAAGGUCCUGGUUUUAAACAAUUUAAGUUUAUGGUUAAAUAGUUUCAAAAUGCUGACCGCAUCUUCUCAGAUUCAAGGUGGGUGAUGUACGGCGCGCAAAAAGCACUGUCCUUCACUCUGGUCUUGUGAUGAUUUGAUCUGAACAAGCCAUGCCUGUCGAUAGAAUCAAGCCUUUAGACCUUCAUUUUAAUCAUCUUCAUUAUAUUUAUCGAACAUGACUGGCGUUUAGCUAUAUUUAUGUAAUUAAAAGUGUCAUUAAAGUUUGGCUAAAUUUCUUGCCGCCUCAUGUCAGCAUCGGUUUGGACAGGAGGCUGUAGCCAAUAUGCAUAUCACCUACACUUUUGACAUGUAGGCUUUUUUUAUGUACAUGAAAAAUAGAUUUGAAUAUUAUUCCAAUGUUGGCUUCUCUGAUCAAAUUCUGAUCGGAGUAAUUGUUUGAUAUGUUUUUGUUUUUUUACUUGUCCAUUCAGACAACUUCAAUCUACACUAAGUUUAUAAAACAUUAAGAACACCUGCUCUUUCCCUGACAGACUGACCAGGUGAAAGCAAUGAUCCCUUAUUGAUGUCACUUGUUACGCUUUCGACACCUUGUAGAGUCCAUGCCCUGGUGAAUUGAUGCUAAAGGGGCGGUGCAACUCAAUAUUAGGAAGGUGUUCCUAAUGUUUGGUAUACUCUGUGUAUAUUCUUCUUGUCCAACGUUUUGUAUUUUUAUUUAUUUUGUCCUGGACAAGCGUUAAUGUCGAGCCCUGCCACACACGUCAUAUUAUUUCCCGGACAUCUGUCUCUAGUAUUUCUCUUAAAGGGUUUUGCAAUACGCUAUUGUAGCUUUUAGUGUGUUGACGUCUUUCCCACUAAGUAGACUUGGUUUAUAGAAGUCUUGCCAGGGGGAAUAAAAUGAUUACGAUCAAACACAUGUUUGGAUGCGGAUCUGUAUCCAAUUUCCCACAUUUGUUUCCCAUUUGUUCAUCUCCGAGCUGUUUCCCAAAAUACUUGUUAUUGAAGUUGCUCUUAAAAAUGCUAGUUAUUUACUGACUGCUUCCUAUUCUAGUGGUCCAGAUGAUUUGUUGCCCUUCUGCAUGACCUUAUACUCAGUUCUCUGCUAAUCAUAAAAUCAAGAUGUUUCUGUCUCUUUGACAGCUGAUAACUUCAGAACAAAGUUGACUACAAAAACAAAGUUGCCAAUGUCUUUGCAAUUGUUUCAAACAAGUUAAAAAGAUGCUUAAAAUGCAAACUGGGAUGACUCCAUUAAAAGAUGAAUACAGUAGGCUACAUAGGCCUAUAUAUUGAAAUCAAUUUAAUGUUCAAUCAAUUGAGUUAUGUUGCUAAUUUUAGACUACUGUAGCCUAGGCUAUGUCAUUCUUGCCUUAAUAUUAAACUCAGCAAGAAAAGAAACGUCUUCUCACUGUUAUAUUCAGCAAACUUAACAUGUGUAAAUAUUUGUAUGAACAUAAGAUUCAACAACUGUUCCACAGACAUGUGACUAACAGAAAUUGAAUAAUGUGUCCCUGAACAAAGGGGGGGUCAAAAUCAAAUGUAACAGUCAUUAUCUGGUGUGGCCACCAGCUGCAUUAAGUACUGCAGUGCAUCUCCUCCUCAUGGACUGCACCAAAUUUGCCAGUUCUUGCUGUGAGAUGUUACCCCACUCUUCCACCAAGGCACCUGCAAGUUGCCGGACAUUUCUGAGGUGAAUGGCUCUAGCCCUCACCCUCCGAUCCAACAGGUCCCAGACGUGCUCAAUGGGAUUGAGAUCCGGGCUUUUCGCUGGCCAUGGCAGAACACUGACAUUCCUGUCUUGCAGGAAAUCACACACAGAACGAGCAGUAUGGCUGGUGGCAUUGUGAUGCUGGAGGGUCAUGUCAGGAUGAGCCUGCAGGAAGGGUACCACAUGAGGGAGGAGGAUGUCUUCCCUGUAACGCACAGCAUUGAGAUUGCCAGCAAUGACAACAAGCUCAGUCCGAUGAUGCUGUGACGCACCACCCCAGACCAUGACGGACCCUCCACCUCCAAAUCGAUCCCGCUCCAGAGUACAGGCCUCGGUGUAACGCUCAGAACUUCAAUGAUAAACGCGAAUCCGAUCAUCACCCCUGGUGAGACAAAACCGCGACUCGUCAGUGAAGAGCACUUUUUGCCAGUCCUGUCUGGUCCAGCGACGGUGGGUUUGUGCCCAUAGGCGACGUUGUUGCCAGUGAUGUCUGGUGAGGACCUGCCUUACAACAGGCCUACAAGCCCUCAGUCCAGCCUCUCUCAGCCUAUUGCGGACAGUCUGAGCACUGAUGGAGGGAUUGUGCGUUCCUGGUGUAACUCGGGCAGUUGUUGUUGCCAUCCUGUACCUGUCCCGCAGGUGUGAUGUUCGGAUGUACCGAUCCUGUGCAGGUGUUGUUACACGUGGUCUGCAACUGCGAGGACGUUCAGCUGUCCGCCCUGUCUCCCUGUAGCGCUGUCUUAUGCGUCUCACAGUACGGACAUUGCAAUUUAUUGCCCUGGCCACAGCUGCAGUCCUCAUGCCUCCUUGCAGCAUGCCUAAGGCACGUUCACGCAGAUGAGCAGGGACCCUGGGCAUCUUUUUUUGGUGUUUUUCAGAGUUAGUAGGAAGGCCUCUUUAGUGUUCAUAACUGUGACCUUAAUUGCCUACCGUCUGUAAGCUGUUAGUGUCUUAACGACCGUUCCACAUCUUGUUGUUCAUGGUUCAUUUGAACAAGCAUGGGAAAGUGUUUAAACCCUUUACAAUGAAGAUCUGUUAAGUUAUUUGGAUUUGUAUGAUGUGUAUAUGAUGUGUAACAAUGUGCACAAUGACAUACCAAAUGUGAUUUUGUGCUUUAUUAUAGAAAAAGCUGCCUCAAUAGGCCUUUUAGCAGCCAUAGGUGAUCAUAUAAUUCUGUUAGAUUAAAAGGAAAAAUCUACACUCUUAAGAGUGUGUUUUAACGAUGCAUCGUUCCUACAACAGCCGAAGAUGUAACGAGUGUUUCUAAAAACACCACGCAGAGAGAACGUGCAUAUGCAUGCAUUUUGCAUCAUCAUGAUGAUGUGACAAUUUUGCUUCUUGAAAGUCCAAUAUCUUGAAAAUUUGACUGCUGGCAUGCAAAACAUUUUUGGACUGUAUUAACAGUGGACUAAUGGAGAGAAAAAAAAUAUAUGAGAAACGCGCAUUACAUCUUUGGCUGUUGUAGGAACGAUGCAUCGGUAAAACACUCUUAAGCCUAAGUUCCAUCGCUAUCCAGGAACCCGGCUCUGAUCUUUGUCUCCUCCUGUCUUCCCACCCCAGGCCAGUCCGAGCCCCAGCCCGGUAGGCUACAGCCCCAUGACCCCCGGCGCCCCCUCCCCAGGCGGUUACAACCCCCACACUCCUGGCUCCAACAUCGACCAGACCUCCUGCGACUGGGUCACCACUGAUAUCCUGGUGCGCGUUAAGGACACCUUCCUGGACAGCCAGGUGGUUAACCAGACAGGUGUCAUCCGCAGUGUCACGGUGAGUAGCAAAGACCACACCACCUCUCCAUGUUAUUAUUAUAUUGUUGUUAUUAUUAUACUAUAAACAAAUAGGAGAAUGGUUAAAUUAGAGCCCCCCCCCCCCCUUUAUUUAGGGGAGCUCAUGUCUCAUUUGAGGGGGCUGAGCCCCCCCCCUUACCCGUCUUACGCAUGUGUUACGUUGACGAGUAUGUUCUAUCAAACACAACAUGAAUGCGCUGAACCAAGUACUCCAUCAUUGACCUGAUGCGUCUUCUCCUUCCUCAGGGUGGCAUGUGCUCCGUCUUCCUCCAGGACACAGAGAAGGUGGUGAGCAUCUCCAGUGAACACCUGGAGCCUGUCACCCCAACUAAGAACAACAAGGUAAGGCUGCUUCUCACCACAACACCCUUUUUACUGGGCUCACAGAGAUCUGGGUCUGGGGAAACUGGACAGUGGACAGAUGCAUGGUUCAUAAGGCCCUGGCAGCUCAUGGUGUGUUAUCUGUUGUCUGUGGUGCCUCUCUCCAGGUGAAGGUGAUUCUAGGGGAGGACCGUGAGGCCACGGGGAUCCUACUGAGUAUCGACGGGGAUGACGGCAUCGUCAGGAUGGAGCUGGAUGACCAGCUGAAGAUUCUCAACCUCCGCUUCCUGGGCAAGCUGGAGCUCUGA